ACCACUCAGUUAAAUGUCAAACAGAGAAAACACAAACAGGUUUUCACUACAGGGCGGAUUUACUUCUUCAUCAUUUGAAUACUAGAAGAAAGCGAAGGAACGGAAUAAGGAAGACAAUCUGGAUUAACACAUGUUUCUAAAUGGACUCUCUCGGAUUGAAAUAUAUGGAUUUUUUUGAUGAGAAAAGGACAAACUUCUUCUAAUUAAUUGUGAUGGCAAUGUUUGUUUAAAAAGGACACCAAGCUUGGACAUUAGAGUGAGGAUGACCGCCCCUGUGAGGAAGCUGCUGCAGGUGCUGUGCGUCCUGCUGCUGUGUGCUCUCCAACUCUGCAGAGCACAGACACAAGAAGUGGCCGUUUGUACCGGCACCCAGAAUAUUCUGAGCACAACGGGAAAUUCAGAGAUCCAGUACAACCUGAUGAAAGAGAGGUACACUGGCUGUGAGAUUGUGAUGGGCAACCUUGAGAUUACCAUGAUGGAGCACACCAGAGACUUCUCCUUCCUGCAGUCUAUCAGGGAAGUGACAGGCUACAUCCUGUUCGCCGUCAAUGAGUUCACCCGCCUGCCUCUGGACCACCUGCGCGUCAUCAGAGGCACCACACUGUACGAGGAUCAGUACGCUUUGGCUGUGAUGGUCAACUAUCAGAAGGAAGGGCAGCAUGGCCUGCAAGAACUGGGCCUGACACACCUCACAGAGAUACUGGAGGGAGGAGUCAAGAUCAUCCAGAAUAAGUUCCUGAGCUACGCCCAGCAGGUGAACUGGCAGGACAUAGUGAAGGAUGCGAAAACUCAAGUAAUGAUUGAGGGCAAUGGGCCUGAAAAGCCUUGUAACGAAGCAUGUGGAGACCUUCCAUGUUGGGGUCCAGGAAAUGACACAUGCCAGAUCUUGACAAAGACUGUGUGCGCCGCUCAGUGUAACGGCCGAUGCUUUGGUAGAAACCCGAGCGAGUGUUGUCACAUUGAGUGUGCCGGAGGCUGCACUGGACCCCUGGAUACAGACUGCUUUGCUUGCAGGAACUUCAACAACUCGGGCGCCUGCGUGCCUCUGUGUCCCCAGACCAUCAUCUACAACAAGCACACAUUCAAAAUGGAGCCCAACCCCAACGCCAAGUACCAGUAUGGCACCAACUGUGUGGCCCAGUGCCCCCCUAAUUUUGUGGUGGGUGGCAGCUCAUGUGUGAGCAGUUGCCCAUCUGAUAAAAAGGAGGUGGAGAAAAACGGAGUGAAAAGAUGUGAACCCUGUGGAGGCCCCUGUCCAAAAGUUUGCCAUGGCACAGGAAGUACUGUCAAAGGACAGACUGUAGAUGCUCUAAACAUCGACAGUUUCAUAAACUGCACUAAGAUCCAGGGCAGUCUGCACUUCCUGGUGACUGGGAUCGAAGGUGAUGACUACAACAAAAUACCAGCCCUCGAUCCAGAGAAACUGAAAAUCUUCAACACUGUGAGGGAGAUAACAGACAUCCUCAGCAUCCAGUCAUGGCCCGAAAACAUGUCAGACCUGUCAGUCUUCUCCAACCUCCAAACAAUUCAGGGCAGAACACUUUACAAAGGAGUGAGCUCUAGAAGGGGCUACUCUCUUCUGGUGAUGAGGAUCCAAUCUCUGACCUCACUGGGGUUGCGCUCGCUGCGAAACAUAAACGACGGGGGCAUUUACAUCACAGGAAACAAGAAGCUCUGCUACCAUAACACUGUUAACUGGACGCGCAUCUUGACCAGCGGCUCUCUUACGCAGCGACGCCAUAAGCGCAUCGACAUGAAGCAGAACAGACCCAGAGACCAGUGUGAAAGCGAGGGCCAUGUGUGCGACCCCCUGUGUUCCUCUGAUGGCGGCUGCUGGGCCCCGGGGCCAAACCAGUGUGUGUCCUGCAACAAAUACAGCAGGGGAGGAACGUGCGUGCCAGACUGCAUGUUCUUAACUGGGGAGAGGCGAGAGUUUGCUUCUGAAUCAAGGGAGUGUAUGCCAUGCCACUCCGAGUGUAAGGUCCAGGAGGGGAAGCAGACCUGCACAGGCCCGGGAGCAGAUCAGUGCGUAGUGUGCACCAGCCUGAAGGACGGUCCUCACUGUGUCUCCUCGUGUCCUGAGGGCGUGAUGGGAGGGGAAGAGGUCAUCUUUAAAUACCCCAACAAGGAAGGCCGCUGUGAACCGUGCCACAUCAACUGCACCCAAGGGUGCUACGGUCCAGGAAUUAAAGACUGUGUGGUGUCAGCCCGGUACAUUUCUGGACAAGCGACCACAGCCAUCGUACUGGGAGUGAUCGCCCUUCUCUUCGCUUCCUUCUCUAUUUUCGUGCUGACCGUCCUGUACCGCCGAGGUCUCGCCAUCCGUCGCAAGCGAGCCAUGAGGAGAUACAUGGAGAGCGGACAGAGUUUUGAGCCUCUGGAUCCUGGAGAGAAAGGAGCUCAAGUCCACGCUCGGAUCCUGAAGCCAACAGAGCUGCGUAAGAUCAAGCUGCUGGGUAACGGAGUGUUUGGAUCAGUCCAUAAGGGCAUUUGGAUCCCUGAGGGUGAUACAGUGAAGCUUCCUGUGGCCAUAAAGACAAUUCAUGAUCGCAACGGACGGCAGACCUUCCAUCAGCUGACAGAUCACAUGAUGACCAUUGGCAGCAUGGACCACAUUAACGUAGUGAGGACUCUGGGUAUCUGUCCCGGUGCCAGCCUGCAGAUCGUCACCCAGCUCAGCGGCCAGGGCUCCUUGCUGGAGCAUGUCAAGAACUGCAAGAACAAACUCAGCCCGCAAAGGCUGCUCAACUGGUGUGUUCAAAUCGCAAAGGGUAUGUAUUACCUGGAGGAGAACAGGAUGGUCCACAGAAACCUGGCCGCCAGAAAUGUGCUGCUGAAGAAUAAUUACACCGCCCAGAUCUCCGACUACGGCAUUGCAGACCUACUUUACCCUGAUGACAAGAAGUACUUUUACAAUGAAGUCAAGGUCCGUAACACGACAGAAAAGAUAUCGACACCAAUCAAAUGGAUGUCCUUGGAGAGCAUCAUGUUUCGCAGAUACACACAUCAGAGCGAUGUCUGGAGUUACGGUGUGACGGUAUGGGAGAUGAUGUCCAACGGGGCAGAGCCGUACACUGCGAUGCGUCCACAAGAAGUUCCUGAUCUGCUAGAAAAGGGCGAGCGUCUGUCCCAGCCACAAAUUUGCACCAUUGAUGUCUACAUGGUCAUGGUCAAGUGUUGGAUGAUUGAUGAGAAUGUCCGUCCAACAUUCAAAGAGCUGGCGAAUGAAUUUACCAGAAUGGCCAGAGACCCGCCUCGCUACCUGGUGAUCAAAGAGGACUGCAGCCAACAGGACCCAGCCCCGGAUGAACUCGCCCAGCGAAGUGCAGACCUGGACGACAUGGAUGAGCUAGACAUUGAGAUGGUGGACCAGGAGGAGGAGGUGGUGGUAGAUAGUCUGACUCCAGCCCCCCACUACAUGUCUCCAGCCAAGAGCCUCAGUCGCAUCUCCAGGAUAGACAAUCCCAGAGUGAUUAUUACUCCAUCAAACGUGGCUGGUUACCUGCCUAUGACCCCAGGUGUUGACAACCCAGGACAGGCCAUGUGGCAGUCGCGCUCUCGCCUAAACUCAGCCCGCACUUUGUCUGAGAGCUCGGAGGCAGUGGAGCUGGAGAUGAGCGAGGACUUUUCUCUGCCGGGGAGCCCGAAGAGACGACGUCAUCGUGAGGACAGCGCUUACCUGUCGCAGAGGGACAGCUUGUCCGGCGGGCCACCAGAGACUCCAUCACCAGAGAUGGAGGAAGAGGACCAGAAUGGAUACGUGCUUCCUGGAGACAGCCCAGAGAGAGAUACCCUACUUUCCUCAUCUCGAGUCGCUCCUGGCAGGAUGCGCCUUUCUCAUUCGUCGGGCCUCCUGGAUGACCCAGAUGAGGAAGAAUAUGAGUACAUGAACAAGCAGAUGCCCAGGAACAGCAGCCACUGGCUGAAGCCGCCGAACAAGAAGCGCACCUCCUCUGUAUCGUCACAAGCGACAGCAUGCUCAGGUGACACCGCAUCAGGUCACACGAGGAGCAAUCACAACUCUGAUUCAGAGCAGCAGGGAUCUAAUGAAGUUGAAUAUGAAUACAUGGACAUCCGGGCUAGUGAAAAAGAUGAAAGCCCUCCAUCGCCCGACCCUCCUCCUCCUCCGAAACCAGCAAGGAUGGGCAGAGAGGUGGAGGAGGACGAGGAGGAGGAGGAGGAUGAAUAUGUGGAGGACAGUAACUAUCACUACACAAACAGACAGCCGAAGCUGCGUCAAGCUCUUCAAGACAGGAAGGAGUUGAAGAUAGAGGGAAGGGACGAGGGUGAGGCGUAUGAGUAUGAGGACAUGGACUCCAUGGCUACCCUGCGGCCUGGAGAUGUUGUGGUGUACCACAACCUGCAGAGGGAGGGCAAGGCAGCGUAUGUAAAAGUGCGAGCUGGAGUCGGGCUCGGGGAACCUGCAGCUGGCGACAGAUCUUUUGACAAUCCAGACUACUGGCACAGCAGGAUGUAUCUGAAGCCUAAAGCAGUGCCUACAUGAAGAACAUUUUAAAUCUCACAAACUUCCCUCUGAGACGUAUUCAUGAAGGACCCAAAAUGCAAAUCAGAAGCCAUGUAAAUACUGUAGCCUAUGACACAGUCUCAAAAACCCAACAUGUGUGACUUUCUCACAGCUUUGCUGUCUGUUACAGGCUGAUGUUAUGUCUUGUAUUCAGGCCAAUGAUUUGGGGCAUUUCCAGAAAUAAUAGCACUGAGUGUUGAAAACACUAACAGAAAUGAACAGAUUACAAGCUAUAUUUUUUUGUUUACAUUUUGAAAUGAACAAAGCUUUUUUUUUGUAGAACAAAUGCAUUUGUUUGGAGUUUUUAUGUUUUGAGACCUCUUUUUAAUGAUGAUAUAUGAAAUACAUUUUGUACUCAUUAAAAAUAUUUUUGAAGCACCAAG